ACUGAUGUCUUGGGUUAUUUGUUGCACAAUCAUUUACACCUCACCUGUUUUCUUGUGUAGAUUGACGGCUCCACGCUGAGGACGAUCUGCAUGCAGCACGGCCCGCUGCUCACCUUCCACCUCGGCCUGACACAUGGCAGCGCUCUGAUUCGCUACAGCACCCGGCAGGAAGCAGCCAAGGCCCAGGGUGCACUGCACAUGUGUGUCCUGGGCAACACCACGAUCCUGGCGGAGUUUGUGAGCGAGGAGGAAGUUGCUCGCUAUUUUGCACAUUCCCAGGCGGGAGGGUCUGAGGGGCCUGGCUCCGGAGGGUCAGCGGCACCAGGCGGGUCGCAGGGUUCUCCUGGACCGGGCCCUGCAGCGGCCAGCGGGGGGGGCAGCUCCCCGGGGAGUGAGCGGGCAGUGACGGGCACAACUCCAGGUGGGAAUGGUGGAGGAGGAGGAGAUGGUGGAGCGGCGGCUCUGGCUGGGGGGAGGUCCUCCGGCUCCGCUUGGCAGAGUCUCGACGGUACAGGAAGUUCAUCAGAAGCUUCGUCAGCCCAAGGACCCGGGCCCGGGCUGGGUGUUUUCUCCCAGUGGAGCCACAACGGGGAGGGAGGGGGAGGUGUCGGGGGGGUGGACUCUGCCAGGUCUGGGCUCUGGGGGGGCAUGACUGCAGGAUACCCCAGCAGCAGCAGCAUGUGGGGGGCCCCGCAAAUGGAGGAAAGGCACCAAAUGGACAGCCCUGCCGCCUUGUUGCCUGGCGACCUGCUGGGGGGAGGAGCUGACUCCAUCUGACGAGCCCCCCCCCUCUAUUUGUAAGUGUAGGUUUGGACACACUGAUACAAAAAAUACACUGGGAUACAUAUGUACUUACUAUAGCACACACACAUGGUAUGCAUAUUAAUGUAAUACACAUAUACACACAUGUGCGUACAUAUACACGGUAUGCAUAUAAAUGUGCACACACAUCAAGCAGAAAUGUGAGACAUGCUUACACACAUUCUCGUGGCCAGACUUAAGCUAUUAUAUAAACAAAUGCAGGGACUGUUAGAUGUGUAUACAGCCUUUUUUUCCACAGAUGAAGAUUUCAACUGCUUAGACUUGAAACCUGAAAAAAAAAAAAAGAAAAAGAAUGAGAAGUCUCAAAGACUUGACUGGAUUGCAAUGUGCUUAGUAAACAGGGGACUUUUCAAAACAGAUUUACAUACACAUGCACACACCAAAUACAGACGAGCCUUCAGACAGAUGGGCACUGUAAACAGCAUUACCUUCAUCGUAUAAAAACUACUACAUGAUGUGAGGUUAAAGUGCAUUUUGUAUUCACGUCCCCUUAAAAGCGGAGACCGAAUCCACAUGCAAACAGCUCUGAUUGAAAACAGAACUGUAUCUUACUGUGUAUGUUUUUUCUUUUGUUUGUAUGUAUGUAUGGUUUCAAAUUUUUUUUUUUGAACAGUGAAAAUAUUGAAAAUGUGUCAUUGUUCUGUUUUCAAAAUGCUGACCUCCUACUGUUGUAUCUCACGCACUCUUUCUCUGUUAUUCUCUCUGAAACAUGUUUGUUACUGUUGCAGUGAUAAAUGUUAAAUUGCUGGCAGUUUGAGGCUAUGUUGCAUUUCUCCAUGUGUCGUAUACACACUAUAUGGACACGAGUAUGAGUGAGACUGAGACCAAGUAUGUGGAUUAAAACCACAGGUGUGUGUGUGUGUGUGUGUGUGUAUGCGUGUGUAUGCGUGUGUAUGCAUGUUACUGCCUGUCAUAAUGUGGGCAAGGCUGCUUACUAUACAGAAGGUCUAUACAAAAAUGUUUUUGAGUGCAUUCGGUAUACUGCUGACUGUGUGUUAAGAAAUAUUGGCACUAAUGCUUAAUUUUUUUUCUUCUCUCAUUUGAAGUUGUUUUUUUUAGUCUUUUUUUAUUGUCCGACCUGCAAUAAUAAAAAAGAAAAAUUUUAAUGACACAAAGAGCUGAAGGCAUACGCGUUGAGUAAAUGGACAUGCCAAAUCUUAUCAAACUGUGUGGAGGGAAAGGGCGGGAGGGGGGGGCGGGUUGUUUACAGAUGCAGAGUAAGAGUUACCGUACGUUUUUCAAUGUUCUGUUGUUGUGUAUUCGUUUUAAAUUAAGACAGGCUUUAACACUCCUGUUCAGUGUUUUCGUUAAGAGAUUUUACAAAGGAAAAAUUUAUUUAAACAUGAGAACAAGAUUAAUAAAGAUGAAAGUAUUGGCUUCUAA